AUGGCGACCUCAAUUCGUGUUUCAAACAACAUCCACAUGCCAUCCAACGACACGGGAGAAAGAGGCGGAUGGAGAAAUCUGUACUCCUGGCUUGGAUUCCGAGAGGGAUAUAAUGUCCCACUGUUCAUCGUAUUCGCCGCCACGCUUUUAGGCUUCAGCCUUUCUCAGCUCGGCUACCUUGACUUGAAAACAUUCUCAAAGAGUGCAGCGCCAGGAGAGUGGUAUUGGUAUCAAGCCGGCCAUUACCGGAUUGGCUUGCUGCUCCACCUGGCCACCAUCCUACCGGCCGGUAUUCUGGUGAUCUUUCAAUUCGUUCCAGCCAUUCGCGGUCGAACAAUGCUGUUCCAUCGCGUCAACGGCUAUAUCGUCAUCCUUCUCAUCCUCAUCAGCAACGGAGGCGCGCUCAUGAUCGCUCGACGUGCUUUCGGCGGAGAACUGGCAGCACAAGCUGCGGUUGGAGUCCUGGUCAUUUCGACAACCAUCGGAUUGGGGAUGGCGUACUGUAACAUCAAAAAACUUCAAGUCGAUCAGCAUCGAGCUUGGAUGUUGCGGACCAUGUUCUAUUUAGGCGCCAUAAUUACCACUCGAAUCAUCAUGGUUGUUGCCGCCUUGAUUGCCUCCAAAACCGAAUCGUACAAUGUGAUCAUGACUUGUGGUGAACUAAGCUCAAUGCAUGGCUUAAGUUACUUGGCAGAGAUGUACCCUGGUUGUGUCGUAGGUUCAAGCAUCUUGGAGGACGAGUUGAAGAUUAUACAUGCAGAUUUCUUCAGAGGGAUCAAAGAACAGAUUGUAGCGAGCCUUCGCAUCACUUUCGGAAUGGCUCUCUGGCUGGCAUUCUUUCUGCACGCGGUAGGCAUCGAAGCAUACCUUGCACUGACGCCUCGCGAAGCUCAAAGGCUGAGGAUGGUGUCAUAUGAGAAGCAAUUGAAGGCAGGCAUGAGCCCCCCAGGUUCUGCAGGGCUAGUGGCGGAGAGCUUUGGAGAUGCGGACGCAUGGGAACCGACAGCGAGGGUCGAUAUUGCAAGCCAAGGCGGUAUGGUGUGA